UGGGAAGUUUGGAUACAAAGACGUUUAGUGGCGGCGGCUUCAACAACGAUGGAGGGGGGCACAGAGAUGGAGGAAGUGUCUGUGUUGUCCACUGCGAUAACGCACAAAUUACAGUUGGAGGAGAUGCAUGCGACGCUGUGCCAGUCGAACGGGGAUCUGCCAUACGAAGUGCUGCAGGAGGGAGAAGAGACCUAUGAUGAGCUCUAUGAACUGAUUUUCUCUCGACAGCGUGACGCGAGCGAUAGAGCGAAGGCGUUCGCCGUUUUCUAUGACUGCAUUGACAUGGUGCAGAGGAUUAAGGAUAAGUUAUCUGACCUUUUGGCAAAGAGAUCUGUGUGUGGUCUGCCAAGCUCUGAGACACAGAUAGCAUCUACACCUCUAACAUCUUUGGCAACAUCAACAACAACAUUAAUUUCGCCAACUACGGCAAUAUUGGAAUCCACAUCGGGUUCAGCUACAUCAUCAACAGCUGUGUUGGCGGCGGUACCACCAUCUACGGUGGCGAGGUCACAGAGUGCUGUGAGUCCUGUUACAUCAUCAUCAGCUGUGUUGGCGGCGGUACCACCAUCUACGGUGGCGAGGUCACAGGGUGCUGUGAGUCCUGUUCAGCCAUGGGGGCUGUCUGAGCAGGAUGACGUGGCAAGGGGGCAGGAAGAGGGGCUGCCCUUUUGGGUGGAUUGUGCGGAUCGAUCGCAUUUAGAUGUGCUCACAGGUCACGGCGGCAGGGGCCCAGAGGAGGGGCGGGGCCUGUGCGCCGCGAUCGUUGAGCAGUUUCAUAAGGUUGAAGAUGACGAUACUGUUGACCUCGCUGCUGGGGAUGUGGUUACGAAUGACGAUGCUCGCUGUGAAUCCCUGUGAUGGAAACAAUAAUAACAACAACGUCAACUACAUAGCAUGCAGCAAUGAGAU